CAUUUCACUAACCACUAAAAUGGCGACGGCUGCUGGCGAUCAUGGUGUUGAAACUAGUAAAACAAACGGUUCAGUAUUUGUGGAGGGUAAACCAUUGCAAGUUAUUCAAUGCAAAGAAGGCGAGCAUAAGUUAACAUUAGACGAAGAUGCCAUAAGAGAUGUCCUCCUUAGCCCCGAAAUAUGUAAUAAAAACGUAGCAGUUGUCUCUGUUGCCGGUGCCUUCCGCAAGGGAAAGUCCUUUCUACUGGAUUUUUUUUUGCGCUACUUAGAGGCGAAUGGAAGUGAAGAUUGGUUAGGAAAUGAUACAGCUUCCCUUGAAGGUUUUCCAUGGAGGGGUGGAUCGGAAAGAGAUACCACAGGAAUGCUUUUAUGGAGUAAACCAUUCGUUAUAAAAAGACCUAAUGGAGAGGAGGUUGCUGUAUUACUUAUGGAUACUCAGGGAGCUUUUGAUAGCCAAUCAACCGUAAAAGAUUGCGCAACUGUGUUUGCUCUUAGUACCCUUUUGAGUUCAGUUCAAGUUUAUAAUAUAUCAAUGCAGCUGCAAGAAAAUGACCUUCAACAUCUACAGGUAGUUGCUCUUGCUAGUCAUUAUGAUAAAGUACCUAAACUUUUUACUGAAUACGGGCGAUUGGCGUUGCAACAGAGCGAUUGUACACCAUUUCAACACUUAGAAUUUCUCGUCCGUGAUUGGCCAUACGCAUAUGAGUAUGAUUAUGGUGACGAAGGUGGAAAUAAGUUUUUAACCAAAAAAUUAGCAAUAGAAGAUAAUCAACAUCCAGAAUUGCAAUGUAUAAGAGAACAUAUUAAAUCAUGUUUUUCGUCAAUUGGUUGCUUUUUGAUGCCUCAUCCUGGUCUAAAGGUAGCAAAUAGUCCGCACUUUGAUGGAAGGCUUCAAGAUAUUGAAAAAGAAUUCAAAGACGCUUUGAAAAAAUUUAUACCUAUGGUCUUAUCAGCUGAAAAUUUAGUAGUCAAGAAAAUUCAAGGAGAAGCCAUCACAGCGAAACAGCUACUGGAAUACUUCAAAUCUUAUAUAAAAAUGUAUGAUAGUGAUGAAUUACCUGAACCAAAAUCAAUGCUACAAGCAACAGCGGAGGCUAAUAAUUUGUCUGCUGUUGCAACUGCAAAAGAGCAAUAUAUUAGAGAUAUGGAAGAGUUUUGUGGAGGUGAUAAACCAUAUGUUGGUCCGGAUAUAUUGAAGGAAAAGCACGAUCAUUAUUUGAACAGCACUUUAGAAUUUUUUGAUUCUAAACGCAAAAUGGGAGGACCAGAGUUCUCUUUACCAUACCGAACACGUUUAGAAGAGGAGUUGAUACAAGAAUACGAACGUUUUAUCUCUAACAACGACUCGAAAAAUGUUUUUGCGGCUGCUCGAACUCCUGCAGUAUUUUUAUCGCUAAUGAUUAUUUGUUACCUAAUUGCCGGUAUAUUGGGGAUAUUAGGGUUGGAAAGUUUAGCAAACUUGUUCAAUCUACUUAUGGGUUUAAGUCUAGUCGUCGUUGGAACUUGGGCCUAUGUUAGAUAUUCUGGUGAAUAUAGGGAUAUUGGAAGUCAUAUCGAUUCUGGGGCUGAAAUGCUGUGGGAUAGUGUUCUAGGACCUAUUUGCAUGAAGCUAAUGCAGAGUGGGGCCCAACAAGCUUUUAAGACAAAGAAAAUGAAAUAG